AUCCAUGAAAAAUCUGAAGAGCUCUCUAUAGUAACAUCAGAAAAAGACAAAUUGUUUUCUGAAGUAGCUCAUAAGGAGAGUAGAAUUCAAGGUUUACUGGAAGAAAUUGAAAAAACUAAAGAUGACCUAACAACUACCCAGUUGAAUUAUAAAAGCACUGAGCAAGAAUUUCAAGAUUUUAAAACCCUUCAUUUAGAAUGUGAGCAAAAAUAUAAAAUGGUCCUUGAAAAGAAUGAGAGAAUGAAUCAGGAAAUAGGAAAUCUUUCUAAAGAAGCAGAGAAUCUUGGUUUAAGUUUGGAUGCUUUGAAGACUGAGCUUUCUCACAAAACUCAAGAGCUUCAGCAGAAAACAACUGAGGGUCAAGAAAGGUUAAAUGAAAUGGAACAACUGAAGGAACAAUUAGAAAGCAGAGAUUCUAGGCUGCAAGCUGUAGAAAAGGAGACAACACUGAUCACUGAGAAACUUCAGAAAGCCUUAGAAGAAGUGAAAACCUUAACCCAAGAAAAAGAUGACCUAAAACAACUCCAGGAGAGCCUGCAGAUUGAGAGAGACCAACUCAAAAGUGAUAUUCAAGACACUAUAAAUCAGAACAUAGAUUCACAAGAACAGUUACGAAGUGCUCUCGAGUCUUUGAAACAAUACCAAGAAACAAUUAAUACACUAAAAAUGAAAAAAUCUGAGGAAACUUCUGGGAACUCACUUUUAGAAGAAAAUCUAGGAAAAACUAAAGAUGAAUUUCAGCAAAAGGUAGGAGACAUAAAUAAGAAACAGAAUUUGGAAGCUAAAACAAGCCAGGCAUUAAUUGGAGACCUUAAGGAUAGUGAUGUGACUGAGCAACAGAAAAUGAUCUGUUCUUUAAUACAGGAAAAAAAUGAACUCCAACAAAUGUUGGAAAGUAUUACAGCAGAAAAGGAACAACUAAAGACUGACCUAAAGGAAAAUAUUGAAAUGACCAUUAAAAACCAGGAAGAAUUAAGAAUUCUUGAAGAUGAACUUAAAAAGCAACAAGAGAUAGUUGCACAAGAAAAGAACCACAUCAUGAAGAAAGACAAAGAGCUUUCUAAGACCUGUGAGAGACUGGCAGAACUUGAAGAAAAGCUAAAGGAAAAGGACUUAGAGAAACAAGAGGAACUAAGAAUCGCUCACUUGGAUCUGAAAGAGCACCAAGAAACUAUUGAUAAACUCCAAAGAACUGUUUCUGAAAAAAGUGAUGAAAUAUUAAAUAUGCAAAUGAACUUAGAAAAUGCAAAGACUGCCAUAAAAGCACAGAUCCAAGAACUUCGAGAGAAAGAACAUCAACUUCUUAAAGUAAAAAAUGACCUGAAGGAAAAUGUGUAUGAAACAGAGCAACUGAAGAAACAACUGGAAGCUCAGAACUCAGCUCUGGAGAGUUUAGAAUUAGAGAAGUUAAUGUUGACUCAGAAAAUAACUGAGAGCCUUGAAAAACUGAAACUUUUUACUGAGGAAAAUGAUGGCCUAAGAAUUGUGGAGGAAACUCUCAAAGUGGAACGAGACAAGCUGAGGGAAAACCUUAGAGAAACAGAAGCAAAAAGGAGUAGAGUGUGGAGGGAUAAGGACAAUCUGAAAAAGCAAGAAGAACUAAGAAUUGCUCACAUGGAUCUGAACGAGCACCAAGAAACUAUUAAUAAACUCAGAGGAAUUGUUUCUGAGAAGACAGAUGAAAUGACAAAUAUGAAAAUAGAUUUAGAAAAUUCAAAUGCCAGAUUAUAAGAAAAGAUUCAAAAGCUUAAGGGAAAUGAACAGAAACUUUUUAAAUUAAAAGAAGAUGUCAGUGAGAUACAGAAACAACUCAAGGAUCAAGGUUUAACUCUGGGUAAUUUGGCUCAGAAUCUUCAAGAUAACUUCGAAGAAAUGAAAUCUGUAAUGAAAGAGAGAGAUAAUAUAAGACGAUCAGAGGAGAUGCUCAAGCUGGAGAGAGACCAACUCAAGGAAAACCUGCAGGAUACCAUUGCUAAAGAUCUGGAGACACAACAGGAACUAAAACUUAUUCAUAUGUAUUUGAAAGAACAACAACAAACUAUUGAGAAAUUCAGAGAGAAAGUUUCAGUAAAGACAACUCAAAUUAUAAAUAUUCAAAAAGAUUUAGAUAAAUCAAAAGAUGAAUUACAGAAAAAGAUCCAAGAACUUCAGGAAAAAGACCUUCAACUUCUUAAAAUGAAUAAAGAUGUCAAUAAAAGUGAUAAAAAAAUGAAUGAAAUGGAACAUUUGAAGAGUCAAAUUGAGGCCCAAAAUGUAUCUGUGAAAACUGUGGAUAUGGAUAACUUGUGCUCUACUAAGAAACUUCAUGAAAAUCUUGAAGAAAUAAGAACUGUAGCUAAAGAAAGCAAUGAGCUAAGGAGGAAAAAGGAGUGUCUCAAAAUGGAAAGAGACCAGUUCAGAGAAAUCAUAAGAAAAAUGAUAGCUAGAGAUCAUCAGAACCACAAAGAGAUCAUAAAAUAUGAAAGAAGUUCACUGUGUGAUGGAGAAGAGCACAAUACAGAAAGCCUGAGAGAAAAGUGCUUCAGGAUAAAAGAGCUGCUGCAGAGAUACUCAGAGAUGGAUAAUCAUUAUGAGUACUUGAAUAAAUUGUCUUUUGACUUAGAGAAGGAAAUUGAAACCCAAAAAGAUCUUUCAAUUAGAGUAAAAGCAAACCUCUUACUUCCAUACCCACAAACAAAACAGAUCCAAAAACUUUUUGCUGCAAACCAGAGAUGUUCCAUGGAAUUCCAUAGAGUCAUAAAGAAACUAAAGUAUGUGUUAAGCUAUAUUACAAAGAUGAAAGAAGAACAACAUGAAUCCAUCAAUAAAUUUGAAAUAGCUUUUAUUGAUGAAGUGGAAAAGCAAAAUGAACUCCAAAUUAAAAUACAACACCUUCAACAGGAUUAUGACAUACCAUCCAAAGAAUUAAGGCACUCCAAACUGAACCAGAGUUUGGAUCUACAUAUUGAGGAAAUUCUCAAAGAUUUCUCAGAAAAUGACUUCCCCAGCAUAAAGACUGAAUUACAAGUAUUUAGUAACAGGAAAAAAAUGACUCAGGUUUUGGAAGAGUGGUUAAAUACUCCUUUUAAUAUAGAAGAACUUAAAAAUAGCAUCCAGAAAGAAAAUGAUAGCAUUUGUCAAGUGAAUUACUUCUACCAUAAUAAAAUAACUGGUAUAAUAAAUGAAUCAACAGAGUUCGAGGAAAGAAGUGUAACCCGAUCAAAAGAAUGGGAACAUGACCUGAAAUCAAUAAUAGAGAAAAAUAAAAAACUGUUUGAAGACUACCAAACUUUGACAGUCUCCCCAAUAUCUGGUGCCCAGGCUAAUCCUAUUGUACAAGACAAUAAAAAUCCUCAUGUUACAUCAAGAGCUGUACAACUAACAGAGAGAAUUCAGGAACUGGAAAAUUCCUUACGUGAAGCUAAAGAAAGUGCUGUACAUAAGGAAAGCAAGAUAAUAAAGAUGCAGAAAGAACUUGAAAUGACCAAUAACAUUAUAGCAAAACUUCAAGCCAAAAUUAAUGAAUCAAAUAAAUGUCUUGAAAAAACAAAAGAAAAGAUGCAAGCACUUCAGGACCAAGUUGCUUUAGGAGCCAAACCCUAUAAAGAAGAAAUUGAAGAUCUCAAAACAAAGCUGGUGAAAAUAGACUUAGAGAAGAUGAAAACUGCCAAGGAAUUUGAGAAGGAAAUUCAUUCUACAAAAGCCACUAUAGACUAUCAAAAAGAAGUGAUAAGAGUAUUAAGAGAAAAUCUGAGAAGAAGUCAACAGGCCCAAGAUGCUUCAAUGAUAUCAGAACAUACUGAUUCUCAGCCUUCAAAUAAGCCCAUAACCUGUGGUGGUGGCAGUGGCAUCAUACAAAGCACAAAAGCACUUAUUUUGAAAAGUGAAUACAUAAGGCUAGAAAAGGAAAUUUCUAAGUUAAAGCAGCAAAAUGAGCAACUAAUAAAGCAAAAGAAUGACCUGCUGAGCAAUAAUCAGCAUCUUUCCAAUGAGGUCAAAACUUGGAAGGAAAGAACCCUUAAAAGAGAGGUUUGCAAAGAAGUAACUUGUGAGAAUUCUCCAAAAUCUCCCAAAGUGACUGAAACAGAUUCUAAAAAGAUACAAAAUAUACCAUCUCAAUACAAGGAACAAAAUGUACAAAAUCCAGUACCAAAGGAAUCUCCAAAAUCUUGGUUUUUUGAUAACCGAUCCAAGUCUUUACCAGCACCUCGUCCAGUUCGUUAUUUUGAUAACUCAAGUCUCGGCCUUUGCCCAGAGGAACAAACCAUAGGAGCAGAAUGUGUGGAUCCUAAGCCAGGUCCUUGGUACACCUCCGGAAAAGAUGCACCCCAGUGCAAAACUCAGUAGGCUCCCCUCUGUCACUUUUCUGGAGGCCUUGCAUUCCAUGUUUGGAAAUGAUGCUGUUACUAUGUGUGUCUAUUCAUGGCAGUGAUGUCA